AUGGAUUUUGUGACAAGUUUGGCUAAGACUUCUAAAGGAAGUGACACGAUCUGGGUUGUUAUGGAUAGGCCGAAUAAAUCAGCUUAUUUCAUUCAGAAAAAGAUUAGUUAUCCAUUACAGAAGUUAGCUGAGGUAUAUAUCGAGAAAUUUGUGAGUUUGUAUGGCAUUCCUUCGAGUAAUGUUUCAGAUAGAGAUCCAAGUAUUGGAAUAACACCAUUUGAGGCUUUGUAUGGUAGAAGGUGUUGGACACCUAUGUGUUGGUAUGAUUAUGGUGAAAAUGUUGUUUUUGGACCAAAAAUCGUGCAAUAUACUACUAAGAAAAUCAAGAUGAUUCAGGAGAAGAUGAGAGCUUCGCAGAGUCAACAAAAGAGUUACCAUGAUAAAAGGAGAAAAAUGCUUAAAUUCCGAGAGGGAGAAUAUGUGUUCUUGAGAGUCACUCCAGUGACUGGUGUUGGACGUGCUUUGAAAUCUCAAAAGCUCACACCACAUCUAAUUGGCCCUUAUCAGAUUUUAAAGAAAGUAGGAGAAAUGGACUACAUAGUUACUUUACCACCAUAUAUUUCGGAUCUUUGCAAUGUGUUUCAUGUGUCUCAACUUUGGAAGUAUGUCCCGAUUUGUAUAAUGUGA